ACAUCUUAGAUCUCUCUGUUAAACCUAGCCUAUUUUCCUUCUUCCAUUAUGGCAUCUUCUUCUUCUUCUUCUUCUUCUUCUACUUCUUUCUGGACGUAUGAUGUUUUCCUUAGUUUUAGAGGAGAAGAUACCCGCUACACUUUUACUGACCAUCUCUAUAAGGCCUUGCGUGCAAAAGGAAUUGAGACCUUUAUGGAUUAUCAGCUUAGAAGAGGUGAGUUGAUAACUCCGGCACUUGUUACAGCAAUUGAAGGAUCAAGACAUUCCAUCAUUGUUUUGUCAGAAAACUACGCAUCCUCAAAGUGGUGCCUAGAUGAACUGGUGAAGAUAUUACAGUCCCAAAAUACCAAAGAACGGAGGGCUGUGCCAAUUUUCUACAAUGUGAAUCCGUCAGAUGUUGGAAACCAGAGGGGAAGUUUCGGAAAAGCCUUGGCUGACCAUGAAGAGAAGCUGAAGGCAGACCAUGAGAAGAAGUUGAAGUAUGAUAUGGAGAGGCUGCAGGGAUGGAGGAAGGCUCUCACCCAAGUUGGCAAGAUAUCUGGCUUCACUUCAUCUCGUGAUAAGCCUGAGACUCAGUUUAUUGAAGAAAUUGUCAUGGAUAUUUCCAAAGACUUAAAUUGUGUAUCCUCAAGUGAUAAGAAGAAUCUAAUGGGAAUGAAUUGUUGCAUAAGAGAAUUGGAGUCACUAUUGUGUCUUGAAUCAACUAAAGUUCUUAUGGUAGGAAUUUGGGGUAUGGGCGGCAUUGGCAAGACAACCCUUGCCAGAGUUAUUUAUGAGCGUCUUUUAUGUCAAUUUGAAGGUUAUUGCUUUCUAGAAGGCUUAAAAAGCACAAGUAUGGAUAAUUUAAAAGCAGAACUUCUUUCAAAGGUAUUAGGGGAUAAAAAUAUAAAUAUGGGACUCACUUCAAUAAAGGCAAGACUUCGGUCUAAAAAAGUCCUUGUUGUUAUUGAUGAUGUGAAUCACCAAUCCAUGUUAGAAACAUUAGUAGGGGGACAUGAUUGGUUUGGUCCACAAAGUCGAAUUAUUAUAACAACAAGGGAUAAACAUCUUCUAACUGUGCAAGGUGUUGAUGCAGUAUAUGAAGUACAAAAAUUAGAGGAUGAUAAUGCCAUUCAGCUCUUUAGUCAUUAUGCCUUUAAAAACAAACCUCCUACAAGAGAUGUUAUGAAGCUCUUGGAUCAAAUAACAUCUUAUGCUCAAGGUCUUCCAUUGGCUCUCAAAGUUUUGGGUUGUUCUUUGUGUGAUAGAAAUGCUGACUAUUGGAUGGAUAAGUUGAAUCAAUUGAAAAAAAUCCCUAAUGGGGAAAUUCAAGAAGUGCUUCAAAUAAGUUUUGAUGGAUUAGAGGAUAAUGAGAAAGAGAUAUUUCUAGAUAUUGCAUGUUUCUUUAGAGGAAGAGGCAAAACUUUUGUAAGGAAAAUAUUAGAAAGUUGUGGCUUCUCUGUGGUUAGCGGAAUAGAAAAUCUAAUUGAUAAAUCUCUUAUAACCAUUACUUGGGACGAUAGAUUAGAGAUGCAUGAUUUACUUCAAGAAGUGGGUUGGCAAAUCAUUCGCAAGACUUCUCCUAAAGAGCCUGGCAAACGUAGCAGAUUGUGGGAACAGAAGGAUAUCUCUCAUAUUUUGAAACGGGAAACGGGAGGUCAAGAAGUUGAAGGCAUAUUCUUCGAUUUAUCUGGUUUAAGGGAGAUGAGCUUUACCACUAAAGCCUUUUCCCAGAUGACUAAUCUUAGGUUGCUUGAAAUCUACCGAUCUAACUAUCAAUGUAAAUUGCACAUUUCUGAUGACUUCAAAUUUCAUUACGAUGAGUUGAGGUAUCUGCAUUGGGAUGAAUACCCAUGUGAAUCACUGCCAUCCGAUUUUGAGUCCGAGAAUCUUGUUCACUUCUGCAUGCCUCGUAGCCAUCUUACUCAGCUCUGGAAAGGACAAAAGGUCUUUGGAAACCUCGAAUUUGUGGAUGUCAGUUACUCCCAAUACCUAAAAAAAACUCCCGAUUUUUCAAGAGCCACAAAUCUUGAAGUUUUGGUUCUCAAAGGAUGUACAAAUUUGCGUAAGGUUCACCCAUCCCUUGGAUACUUGAGCAAACUCAUUUUGUUGAAUUUGGAAAACUGCACAAACCUUGAGCAUCUUCCAAGCAUCCGUUGGUUGGUAUCCCUUGAAACCCUUAUUCUCUCGGGUUGCUCAAAGCUAGAGAAGUUACCAGAAGUUCCACAGCAUAUGCCAUAUUUAUCAAAGCUCUGUCUAGAUGGGACUGCUAUAACAGACUUUUCUGGCUGGUCAGAACUUGGAAAUUUUCAAGAGAACUCAGGGAAUUUAGACUCUUUAAAUGAGCUCAAUUCAGAUGAUUCCACCAUAGGACAACUACCUUCUUCCAGUGUUGUCCUGAGAAAUCAUAAUGCAUCUCCUUCGUCUGCGCCUAGAAGAUCACAUUCCAUUCGUCCUCAUUGCACCUUAACCUCACUGACGUAUCUGAACCUUAGUGGAACCUCCAUCAUUCGCCUACCUUGGAACUUGGAACGACUUUUUAUGCUGCAGAGGCUUGAGUUGACAAAUUGCAGAAGGCUUCAAGCACUGCCAGUGCUUCCAUCAAGUAUAGAACGUAUGAAUGCAAGUAACUGCACAUCACUGGAACUCAUCUCCCCUCAGUCAGUUUUCAAACGUUUUGGAGGUUUUCUAUUUGGUAAUUGCUUCAAACUGAGGAACUGUCAUAGUAAGAUGGAGCAUGAUGUACAGAGUGUGGCAUCGCAUGUUGUCCCAGGUGCAUGGAGGUCCACUUAUGCAAGCUGGCAUCCUAACGUUCCGAUCCCGUUCAACACUGUUUUCCCUGGUAGUGAAAUACCGGAUUGGUUCAGGCAUCAUAGCCAAGGGCAUGAAAUAAAUAUAGAGGUACCUCCAGAUUGGUAUAUUAAUAGCAACUUCCUGGGUUUUGCUCUUUCUGCUGUUAUGGCACCGCAGCACUUCCCCCCGUGUUGGUUUAUGUACUGCGACUUGGAUACCCAUGAUCUUAAUUCCAAUUCCCAUCGCAUAUGUUCCUUCGUUGGUUUAAGUACAACUUUCCAACUUUACCGUACACCAAUUAAAUCAGAUCAUGUAUGGCUGGCGUAUGUUCCAUCAUUUUUCAGCUUCAGUUGUGAGAAAUGGAGUCACAUUAAGUUUUCAUUUAGUUCAAGCGGGGGCUGCGCUGUGAAGAGUUGUGGGUUUUGUCCAGUGUACAUUAAAGGUAUCAGUGAUGAAGGGGAUUAUUCCAGUGGAAGUGCCCUUGAUGAGCCAAGAAGGCAUGCAGCCAAACCCUCCCAUAUCUCAUACCAGUAGCGACUACCACAUUCACCAAAGGAACGCUACUGAAAUUGUUCUUGAUGAUCUUCAUGAGAGAGACUUGGUUAAGAAAUCAUAUCCAGAAGCCUUCAUGAGGCCCAACCCAGAGGAAGUGGCCUUGCAGAUGUGAUCAAAUCAGUAUUAUGACAUACCAUCAGGAGAAGCCUUCGUGAGGGGGAACCCAGAGGAACUCUCACAUGACUUGCAUUCCUGGUUCCAGCAAAGGUUUGAGUUCCAACAGUAGUAAGUUGCUCUUGUUUGGGUGUUCAUUACUAUUCUAAGCUUCUUGCUUCUUGCUACCUUUUACCAUUGGGUCCAUUUUGAAUCUCACCACUUCUCGGUUUGUGGUCACUCUUGUUUUUACCAUUGGAAAAAAGAAAAAAAAAAUCCCAUAAUAUUACUGCUUGAUAUUUAUUUUGCUCUCAAAUUAUUAUUUAGUAAUUAAAUGAAAUGUUAUUAAUCCAUGUAUAUAGUUGAUGAUGUAUGUAUGCAGUUCACUAAUCUUAAAAUCCGCAUAUUCUCUUGA